CUGGCUGCCAUAGAAGACAGCCUACGAGGUCCAGGCCAGAGUCCGGGUGCCCUACCGGUCCCCCUGUCCCUCCCUCCUUCCCCAGGCCAGCCCCCUGCUCCGGAUUGGUCCUUCAGGAAACGCUGCGGGGAGUCUCGGUCCCCGCUGCGGAGCCGGCCUAGGCCGGAGGGCGGGGUUUGCUCUGGGCCUCUGCAGGUCAGGUCGGCCGCCCCUGACAGCUCCGGGAGCCUCAGGCGCCACAGCGGCGCCCUCACCUCGGGACAUCCACACACCGACCGCUCCUGCUCCAGCGGCAACCACCCCGCGCGCCUGGCCUGGCGCCGUGCAGCGAAGCCCAAGAGCUGGCCUCGCCACGAAGGUGCACCUGCCCAAGAAGGAUUAUAACUGAGGACUGGCUGUCUUGAACCUUGUUGCCACACACAGAGAAAACCCAGCUUUUCUUUCAAGGAAACCAAUGCCUGACCUUGCCAACCAAUGAAAAGGUUGCCUAAGAGCCUUGCCCAGAAGUUUUAUCAGUUAAACUCAGACUGAGAGAACAAAGGUUGAACCAGCCAAAUUUUCGAGACAGCUCACGGCUUAGAGGAAGGCUCAUCUAAAUAAAGGCCAGCUAAAGUGACAUUGCAGGGAUUAAAUCCUUCUCUGGCUGCCUGUGUGACCAGAAGGCUUAUUUGCAAGUUUCUUCUUUCCCGGGGUCCAGAUUAUUAGGUCUCCAGGGCCCUGCGGCUUGACAGCAAGAGAAGCACGAAAUGAAGCUCAGAGAUGAGCUCCCGCAGCAGGGUCUUGAGGUCCUCCCAGGGGCAUUUACACAUCAGAAUGCAAGAUUCUCUGGCCAUCAAGGGGAAUAGCAAACAGAAGCCUUUGUCCUGGGGCACAGCCACCUACCACAAAGCAUCAGACUCCACAUCUGGCCACAAAGUUCCUGGAGUCCCAUCAGGGCAGUGGGUAUGUAACGUGUGCCUAAUUGUACAGCUAGAGCUUGCAAGUUCAAUGUGAGGGAAGGUGGGAAAUGUCUUGAGUGAGGUGAGCAGCUCUGGGCUGGACAGACUCAGCUACCACGUUCACUGCCCUCCUCUCACUAAACCCAAGAGGGAGGCUGCUCAACUCUCAGGAAAACUCUCUUGAACCCUGGGCACCUGCUGUCCUCAGUUGGCAUCUCCCACCCUCUGAGCCUCUUCUGCUCCUGCACAACCUGCCCUUGAUCGGUGGCUCUUUGCUGAGAUGGAGACGUGAGCCCCCGUGGACGAUGACUGCAGUGUAUACAAAUGGAGGCGGCCUGGUGAACCCCCACUAUGCCCGGUGGGAUCGGCGCGACAGCGUAGAAAGUGGCUGUCAGAUCGAGAGCAGCAAGGAGGGCGAGGAAGGACAGCCCCGCCAGCUGACGCCCUUCGAGAAACUGACACAGGACAUGUCCCAAGAUGAGAAGGUGGUGAGGGAGAUCACUCUGGGGAAACGGAUAGGCUUCUACCGAAUUCGAGGGGAAAUUGGAAGUGGCAACUUCUCCCAAGUGAAGCUUGGGAUUCACUCCCUAACCAAAGAAAAGGUGGCCAUUAAGAUCCUGGACAAGACCAAGUUAGAUCAGAAAACCCAGAGGCUACUAUCCCGAGAAAUCUCCAGCAUGGAAAAGCUGCACCAUCCCAACAUCAUCCGCCUUUACGAAGUCGUGGAGACCUUAUCCAAGCUGCACUUGGUGAUGGAAUAUGCAGGGGGUGGGGAGCUCUUCGGAAAAAUUAGCACUGAGGGGAAGCUCUCUGAACCAGAAAGCAAGCUCAUCUUCUCCCAGAUUGUGUCUGCCGUGAAGCACAUGCAUGAAAACCAAAUUAUUCACAGAGAUCUGAAAGCAGAAAAUGUAUUCUAUACCAGUAAUACUUGUGUGAAGGUGGGCGAUUUUGGAUUCAGCACAGUAAGUAAAAAAGGUGAAAUGCUGAACACUUUCUGUGGGUCUCCUCCCUAUGCUGCACCUGAACUCUUCCGGGACGAGCACUACAUCGGCAUUUACGUGGAUAUCUGGGCCUUGGGGGUGCUUUUGUACUUCAUGGUGACUGGCAUCAUGCCAUUUCGGGCAGAAACCGUGACCAAACUAAAAAAGAGCAUCCUUGAGGGCACAUACAGUGUACCACCCCACGUGUCAGAGCCCUGCCACCGACUCAUUCGAGGAGUCCUUCAGCAGAUCCCCAUGGAGAGGUAUGGGAUCGACUGCAUCAUGAAUGAUGAAUGGAUGCAAGGGGUGCCAUACCCUACACCUUUGGAACCUUUCCAACUGGAUCCUAAACAUUUAUCGGAAACCGGCACUCUCAAGGAAGAAGAAAAUGAAGUCAAAAGCACUUUAGAGCAUUUGGGCAUUACGGAAGAGCAUAUUAGAAAUAACCAAGGGAGAGACGCUCGCAGCUCAAUCACAGGGGUCUAUAGAAUUAUUUUACAUAGAGUCCAAAGGAAGAAGGCUUUGGAAAGUGUCCCAGUCAUGAUGCUACCAGACCCUAAAGAAAGAGACCUCAAAAAAGGGUCCCGUGUCUACAGAGGGAUAAGACACACAUCCAAAUUUUGCUCGAUUUUAUAAAUUACACUAGACUGCUUAUAAUUAACCGAGAUCAUUAUUGCUGCUUCUAAAUUUUUUUCAAGGACAACAUGAGUGGAGACAUUUUUGUAAUUUUUAAAUAAACUUAAAUUUGAGAUAUGCA